AUAAGUUCAAAGAACCAGUUCAAUAUCCGCAAUAUAACAACUGAAGCAUGAAAUCGACAAACAAAACAAAAUAAGACGAAGAGUGAUAAAGUUUCACUUACUGUUUUUUAAAACAUAACAUUUUGCCAAUGGAUUAUUACAAAAAUUAAAUAAUGGCAAGAAAUGGGAUGUGUCUCAGCACGAAUACUCUUUGAAGACGAAGAAGUCAAGAAACCUUUAACAAAGAGAUACAAGAACCCCAAUCUUAUAACAGGGGACAUUACAAAGAAAAAUGAGUCCAAAUUAGAGCGAGAUAAAGCCAUGAAAUUACGACAACAAGACCGCAUAACUGCAGCAGAGGAAAUAUCGCUGAGGACAUUAGAUGAGAAGGAAAGAUUGUCACUAGGAACCAGAUCAAGAGGGACAUCCAGGGUGUCAUCUAGAGCAGGAUCUCCUACUCAAGCUAGAAAGGUUCAUUUUAAGACAGAAGAUGGUGAUAAGAACCAGAAGAACAAUACUGAUCAACAGAGUACCAGACAAGUGCAAUAUGAACUACCAUUACAAAAUGGUGAUGCUGACAACCAAUCAAAACAUAAGAAAAAAAAGAAACAUAUGAAGAACUCCGUACAACCAAUCACAGAAAAGAGCACAAAUGAUGACAAAAUUCAACAACCAAUUUCAAAUAAUAAUACUGGGGAAGUUAUUGUAAAAGAGGUUAAAAAACUGGAGAAGAAACUGUCAACAAUUGAUGAACGUGCAUCGAGUCGAAACAGUGGUAAAUCAGAUGAAGUAAAACGAUAGCCAAAGAUAUAUUAUUUAUUGUAAACCAUGGCAUUAAAGAAGUUAAAAUUUAUAGAAGACUGAAAUUGUUCUAUUAAUUUUUGUAUCAGAUGAUGGUUAAUUUAAGUUUUAUUUUAUUUACAAAAAUUGUUUACAUUGAAUUGUUUAACUUAAACAUUCAUGUUACAGACAUCUUUCUACUGGGUAAUUUUUUAUUUACCUCAACUAACCUUUCAUAACGAAAUUAAUAGGUAAUGGAACAGCAAUUUGUACUUGUCUUUUUUUAGAUUUAUGUAUUUUUACAAUGUAAAAUGAUAAUCUUGGAACAUUUAUAAUUGUAUUUGUGUAACUGCUAUGAUCAUGAAAUGCUGUCUUAAGCACACUUUACCUCUUGUACAUAAAAUAUUGAGAAUUUUUAUAGUUGAACUAAAGUUGAACUAUCAAUUACAAAAAUUGUUGCGUUUCUUUCCUUAUAUUUAUUAGAAAUCCUCUACCCGCCUUCUUCAAAAGUUGUCAUCCAAAACAGUAAAAAAUCAAUCUGUUUUAUGUUUAUAAAUAAUUAUCUUACAAGAAUCUUCAAAUUUCCAUUGUGUGUUGUUUAAAAUGUUAUUUUUAAACAUAAGUAUACUAUUUAAACAUUUAAACUAUUUCUAUGAAUAUAGUUUUUGAGAUGUCUGAAAUACGUUGUACUUACAAACUCUUGUUUCAUCUUAUUCUUAAUUGUGUUUUGUAUUUAUGCACUUACCGUCAUAAUUGAAAGUUGUAAAAUUCAAAUUAGAUUGCAAACAUCAUUGUUGUUUUAAAAUUUUAGAUCAAUAAAAGAUAUUCUGUGCUUUUAAAAAUAAGUCAUAAUAAUAAGCUGAACAUCUUUUCAAACAAUUUGCAUUUCUGCCACAAAAUCUGCUUAUAUCAAUGAAAGUUUUGACAUAGUUUUCAUCUAUUUUAAAAUAAAAGGUGAAGCUUAAGACUGACUGACUGGACUUGUUAAUACUUAUUUUGGAUGAAAGAAAGAGGGCUAAAAUCAAUUGUUGUGUCCUGAUAAGUAUAGAGAUUAUUUAGCUAAUGUAAAUAUAUACACAAAAGUUUGCACAUGUUUUGUUCAAUCAACUGUACCCUUAGUUUGGAUGUUUAGUGUAUUGAGGUUAAUGAUUAUACUUAUUAUUGAGAAAACAUGAUCUUUAUUAUGCAUAUUUGUAUAUUUAACCGCAUCAGGGAUCAUUGAAUUUUUACAUGAUUUUGCUCCAAAAAACCUAUUUAUUUACUGGGAGGAUAAUGUGUAAGAAACUUAGAAUUGUACAUUAAAAAAAGUUUUUUUAUAAUUUUUAAUGACAAAUGCUCAUUUUAUACAAAACAUGCCUUUAUAAUGUAUAUAUUUUUCCAGUCUAAAUAAGAAUGAAUUUUGCUUUUACAAAGUGAAAUAAAAUGUUAAUGGUAAAAACAUGACAUGAUCAAAGAAAUUUCUUAAAAAUGAACUAAAUUAAAAGAGAAUUAUCUUGAGAAAUUUUUAAUUUACAGAAAAGUAUCAGUAUGAUGUUAAUGUAUAAAUAUGCGAACAAUAGAAAAAACAUAGGUAGAAGCAAUAUAUGAAAUUGCAUUUAAUCUUUUGAGACAGUUGCAAUUUCUUGUAAAUUUUAAUACCAUGACACAUUGUUUUAUGCUAUUUUACCCUAAUUAAUGUUGUGUCAUUUUUCCUGUAAACUUUAGUACCAUGAAAAAUUGUUUAGUGGGUAUACAUGAGGUUUAUUUCCAUUUGCUAGAAUGUCCUAAUGCAGGGACAGUACAUGUAUUAGCAGAUACCAAUACUUGUAGAUGUUGUUCCCUUUUAACAUUUACAGAAUUUCCUGUGAAAGAAAUCUGCACUGAAAAUUUCCUUGAUUUUAUUUAUAUCUGUCUAGUGAAUUUGUUUUAAGAGGGGGGAGGGUUGGAGGGGUCCUGAUCUCGAAAUCCCAGGCUUAAAAACAUGAAAUCCUGAGGGCCUGAAUUUAUCAAAUUUAAACCCUGACAUCCUGAAAUUCGAAAAAGAAAUCCUGGAACCCGGAAGGGUCAAUCCCGAAAUCCCAAGAUUAAAAACACCCAAUCCUGAUGUCCUGCAAUAGGUCCUGCCGCCCUCUUUCAAUACUGACACUACCAAAAAGAAAACUUAAUAAGACUAAUUUUAGUACAGCAUUAAGUGUAUUAAUAUAAAUGUUUUUGUACAAUAUGUGUGAAACAAUAUGAUGAAUGAAGUCUCAUGUGUACUGUCACAUAUACUGUUUGGUUAGGAAAAUGUCUAAGAUAUUAAUUAUAUUUUGUGAACUAUGUAUAAGUAAAAAAGUAUUGUAAAUUUUCCAAUUGAACUUUGUUUUCAUUAAUUUGAAAAUUUCAUCAGAAUGAAAACUGUAAUGAAAAAGAUUUGCCUUUUUUCUUUUGUAUGAAAUUGUUUUAUUACAGGUUAAUCCUCAUUUAUACAAUUUACAUUAUCAAAGAUCUUCAUAGAUGAUACAUAUCCAUGGUUUUCUCAGUAUUAUUUGCAGGUAGCUUUGUAAUUCUAGAAGGAAAAAAAGACAAAUGGUGUUGUUGACUUCUCACCAUUGAGAAAUCAUCUUGUAUAAUUGGCAUUGAAUUAAUAAAUCAUUUCUGUAAUUCUACUAAAUUUAUAUAUCUUAUUAGUUGAUUAAGGGUCAUCAAUUACUAUUGUUUUAUAAUGCAACUCGGAAUGUGUUUUUUUACAUGGCCUAGCUGUAAUAAUUGAAUUGUGAAACAGGAGUUAAUGAAAUGUAUUGUAUAUACAAGAUAUAUGUAGGUCAGAGAUCACUAGGUGUUGAUAGUUGUUGUUAUUUUAACUGUGAUAUUUAUAUUCCUUCCACUUUAUUUAUAUGAUAUUAAGAAAUAAGCUGUCGUAUUGCCAGAUAUUAAUAAAUUUAUCAUGACAAAAUUCCAUUAAAUAA